CAUCGUUAUGUGCCGCUCAGAUAGAAGAGUGUUCAAAUCGAGUGUGGGUCACAAGACGCGCCCAAUCUGCCGCUCGUUCGCUGUGGUUUCAUUCGUGUGUAUAUAUAUUAAGUAGACGUGGUAUACUAUUUACUUAAAAUAAUAUGGCCAAAGGAGAGGGAGCUGAGCAGUUUUCUGCGACGAGUUUGCUACAAAAUAGACCAGCCAGCCCAGAUGGGGUAAAAUUAGCGAAGAGGGAACAGAAAGGUCGGCUGUCUGUGUGCAGUAAGCUGUGCUAUGCCGUUGGAGGGGCACCCUAUCAGAUCACCGGCUGUGCGCUGGGCUUCUUCCUCCAGAUCUACCUGCUGGACGUGGCUCUGGUGGACCCCUUCUAUGCCUCCAUCAUCCUGUUCGUGGGCCGAGCCUGGGACGCCGUGACAGACCCCACCAUCGGAUUCCUGGUCAGCCGCAGUCCUUGGACCCGUUUUGGCAGGAUGCUGCCCUGGAUCGUGAUGUCCACCCCUUUCGCGGUGCUGUCCUACUUCUUGGUGUGGUACGUCCCUCCCUUCGAGCAGGGCAAAGUCAUCUGGUACCUGGUGUUCUACUGCCUCUUCCAGACUCUGCAGACGUGUUUCCAUGUUCCUUACUCCGCCCUCACCAUGUUCAUCAGUUCCGAGCAGAAGGAGAGGGACUCGGCCACGGCCUACAGAAUGACUGUGGAGGUGCUGGGUACAGUCAUUGGUACAGCAAUCCAGGGUCAGAUCGUGGGCGGAGCAAACGCUCCCUGUAAUCCGGGCAAAAACGAGUCCAAUGCCUCCAGCCUGCACCUGGGGCCUGAAGUCAAUAUCUCUCAGCCACAUGUGUCUCUGGACCAAACGAGAAAUGCCUACAUGAUUGCAUCGGGCGUCAUCUGUAUUAUCUACAUCCUGUGUGCAUUCAUACUGUUCUUUGGCGUGAGGGAACAGAAAGACACCGGCCGGCUGAAGGCGGAGCAGCCCAUGUCGUUCUUCCAGGGGAUCCGAUUGGUCAUGAGCCACGGGCCGUACACCAAGCUUGUCAUGGGCUUCCUCUUCACCUCGCUGGCUUUCAUGCUCCUGGAAGGGAACUUUGCCCUGUUCUGCAGCUACACCCUGGGCUUCAGAAACGACUUUCAGAACAUUCUCCUGGUUAUUAUGCUCUCUGCCACCCUGACCAUUCCGUUCUGGCAGUGGUUCCUGACCAAGUUUGGAAAGAAGACCGCUGUGUACUGUGGAAUCUCGUCUGUUGUGCCUUUCAUGAUCCUGGUUGUCUGCAUCAAGGGCAACCUGGCUGUGACUUACAUUGUGUCGUUUGCUGCGGGGGUCAGCGUGGCCGCUGCUUUCCUCCUGCCCUGGUCCAUGCUUCCUGAUGUGGUGGAUGAUUUCAAAGUGAAGAACCCAGAAUCUCGUGGGCAUGAGGCCAUCUUCUACUCCUUCUACGUCUUCUUCACCAAGUUUGCCUCUGGCAUUUCCCUCGGCAUCUCCACCUUGAGCCUCGAUUUUGCAGGAUACAUCACUAGAGGCUGCUCGCAACCAGAAGCUGUGGAUGUGACCCUGAAAAUCCUGGUGUCCGUGGCGCCCAUCGUGCUCAUCAUCCUGGGCCUCAUCAUAUUUAAGACGUACCCCAUUGACGAGGAGACGCGGCAGGGCAACCGCAAGCUGCUGCAGGACCUAAUGGAAAGCGAGUCAGACUUGGAGACGGGGUCCAGUGAGCUGGGCAGCGUGGUGUAGGAGGAUGUGAAGGGGGCGUGACGGAGCCUUCAGAUGUUUACACUGGCCGGUCGAGGGCGAGAGGCCGUGGAGGCGGGACAAGCCAACCGAAGGCACACUGUGGAACCACGUUGCUGCUCUAGGGACAAGCCCACACGUCUUUGUGGGAGAAGGCCUUCUGCCCUCGUCACUUCCGAGAGCUCUUGGACCACUCGUGACUUGGCACCACAAGAGACACCAUCUUUAUUAUUAUCAUUUUUUUUUUUUUGUUUUGUUUCGUUUGUUUUAACGAGAGAGUUGCACAAAACCGUGAAAUGUGAUCUCGCCUGUUGUGUGUCCUUUUUGUUUGUUUGCUUGCACUGCCAAACUUAGUGCUAACUUUCAAGGCCUAAGGGACCUCUGGGCGUCUAAACCAAGAAUCGGGGAAAACUUGAAACGUGACGCUGAACUCGCACCUUGAGAUUGUGAUGAGUCCGUCAUGUGGAGAAACUUUAUAACAACCCUCUUUUUUUAGGGUAUUCACAGUAGCAGAUAGCUCUGUCUAUCAUAGCUGUAGUUUUGCACACAAGUGCUGCUAUUUCAAACAGCCACUUCACUCAUUACAUGAACGGUACUUUGUAAGGGUACUUACUCUGUAAAAAAACUCUUACAAAAGUAUUUUUGCAUUGAGAACCGUUUGACUACCUACAAUGUUGGGGGGGAACUGUGCAUACCUUGACCAGAAGUACACCAGCAGCAGCCAACAGCAGCCUGUAAGAAACCAGAGGAACGAUGCUUUCAGCUCUGUGCAUAGGCAGUAGAAUGUGCAUUGCUUUCAGUGGAAGCUACAAUCAGUUUGUCGCUAACGUAUAAAGCUACACUGUAAAGCACACUUUUGCACUGUCCACACUAAUAUACUGUAUUUCUAAGGCAUUACUUCAGUGGACCAUGAGAAAGAAACCAUUUGUUUUUGCACCUGGCAAAAUCGCAUCCUUUGGAUGGCCCUAUCUGGUACUGCCCUACAGUCGGUGGUAGUUUCUUAUUUA